AUGCGGCGGAGCGUCUGUCUACUACUCCUUUCUCUAGUAAUGCAUGCCAAUGGCAACUUCUUUGGGAUCAGUUUAGAAAACCGAUGCCAGCCACUGAGUUCCCUAAAAGGCGUCAACAGAGCUAUCCUCAACAAAUCAGGGGAAGAGUACAAGGAGUCGGAUGAACUUUUUUGUGAGAGGGGAGCCCCUGAGCAGUUUAAAUGCAACUGUGGCGUUGCUACCACGUGCCUUUCAAAAAAGGACCCGUGGGGGAACAACAUCGGUGUUUGUGGAUGUUGCCCUCCGUGGUUAUUCCUCUUCUACACAUUUUUUACUAUCAUUGUCGGCUUUGCCAUCGCAUCCGCCUUCUAUAUUUGCUGCUGCCGCGGCAAGUGGUGGUUUGACGGCUACCCGAAAGCGAUCAUCCCCGCCUUCUCCCGCCGUGGCCCCGGUACCGUCGUACCCGCUGCCGUACCGCUCCCUCCCACAUUAUUCCGCGGCUACCGGACGACUGAUUUUGUAAAUGACACGGCUGCAACUCGACCAGUGGUUGAUGGGGAAUCUGCCGGUACUCGCACGCAGCGGGAGGGGGCCUCAUCCCUUUGGAACAAUGAUCAAAUCGUAGAUGAUGAACCAUAA